AUGGAUCUAGACACUAUUCCCAAUUUUCUCGCGGACCAACGCGAUGCUGCGCCAGCCGACCUUCAGCAUCUUUUCGUAUCUUUUGAGGACUUCUGGGAAAGACGGCUAUGGCAUCAGCUAACGGAUGUGCUUCUUGAGUAUUUUCAUCACUCAGAAAGUGGUCCGCAGCGCAUAACGAUUUAUAAGACCUUUGUCCUGAGCUUUGGCGAUAAGAUUAACCAGUUGAAACUGGUAAUCCUUGGAUUGAAAGCUGCAGCACAAUAUAAAGAUAACCAGGAACGCCUCAAGUUUCUAAAAUCCCUUGCUGAUAAAGUGAACAAACCGUCGUCCCAAGACGCCUGGGUGUACGCUACUGCAGCUGUCGCACGCGUAAAGCUCGAGCUCUCAGACUAUGAGGGCGCUCGCAAAGAGCUGGAUAGCGCAGAGCGUGCUUUGGAUUCUUUUGACUCUGUGGAGACAGUCGUUCAUGCCUCUUUCUAUCAAGUCAAUGCGGACUUUUACCACGCCAAGAUGGAAUUCGCCUCAUACUACAAAAACGCGCUUCUUUAUCUCGCCUGUAUAAACAUAUCGGAUCUCACAUCGCCUGGGCGGGAAACUAGAGCUUAUGACCUAAGCAUUGCAGCACUUGUUUCCGAUGACAUAUAUAACUUCGGUGAACUGCUUCUCCACCCUAUUUUAGAUUCUCUGUCGAAUAGCCAACACUCAUGGCUUCGUGAAUUGUUAUUCGCGUUUAACGGUGGAGACUUGGCUGCCUAUGAUGUUCUUGCAGGAAACAUGUCAAAGAACAAGCUUCUUCAUGAUCAUCAGGAGUUUCUCUACAAGAAAAUAUCGCUUUCUGCCUUGACUGAAGCUGUAUUUCGCCGGCCUCCUCAUGAUCGUACAAUGACAUUUGCAUCCAUCUCGAAGGAGACCAAAGUUCAACCUGAUGAAAUUGAACAUUUGGUCAUGAAAGCUCUUAGCCUCGGUCUGUUGCGUGGGUCCAUAGACCAAGUCUCCCAGAUGGCGCGGAUAAAUUGGGUCCAGCCCAAAGUAUUGGACAUGAAACAGAUUGACAAUAUGAGAGCGCGACUCAAGGACUGGGACGCCGGCGUCAACCAGCUUGGUAAUUGGAUCGAAGGCGUAGGGAAGGACGUGUGGGCUGCUUAA